AUUUGUUUUCUCUCUCUUUCUCUCUCUUUCUCUCUCUCUAUUUCUUAUUUUUGUCUUAUGCAAGAAAUAUACCCAAAUCAAACUGUUUUGCCAGUUCGACGAAGGUUUCAAAUAUGUGGCUUCCUUGAUAUGUCUUAUGGUGGCCCUUUUGUGUGUUUUAUAUGGCUCGUAAUCAAUAUGUAUACAUGCGUACUCGCAUUUCAAAAGAGAAGUCCGGUCUUUUCUUACCUGAACAAUGCGGCAUUGAUUAUACAAGGAGUCAUCUGUCUUUUGUUUUUUAUCUCAGCUUUAAUAUCUCUCUAUUCGUUUUCUUUGGCAAGACCAUGGCAAUUAAGAAGGUCACAUCGAUUGACGUGGAUUAUGGUCAUUUUUUUCUUAUCGGAUUUCUUUGCUAAUAUUGUACUGUUUGGUGUUCAAAAAGAACAAUUCAAAGACUGGUGUAUUGGACAAUCUCGACAGGAUACAACUUAUUAUUUGUUUACGCACAUGCCUUACAAUAGUACAUUCAAUCAAGAUACCCAAUUGACAUUUGCAUCAAAAAGCCCUACUUCUAAUUUAUAUAAUUGCACUCGAUUAUGGGAAGAUGAAGUCAAAUUCGCUUGUGUUUUAUAUGUCAUUUUAUUCACACUUUAUGUUCAUUUUGCUUUCUGCUUUUGGCGAUUUACUCAAGAGAGAUGGAGCGCGUAUGAAGCCAUGUUAAGACUCAACAUGAUGCCAAACGAAGCCAUGGUGCCCAAUAAUUUCAGUAUGACAAACAACAACACAAACACAAUGAUGAUGAACUUGGCACCAAAAGAUCGAAAUAAGAAGACCGAGGAAGGCCAAAAAAGUUUAGCUGAGAUGACAAGAGCCUUUUUACAAAAAACAUUCACAAGAUAAAGAAAGUAGCCUUUUUAUUGUACAUUGAAACAGUAAUAAAUAAAAUA